AUGGCAAUCAGGAGCCAGGGAGACAGGAAGAUGACUCAUGUCGGAUCUCCAGAGGAAACCUUUAAACAACGUUUAGCUGUCCCCGUUGCCAUGUUCAAGAGGAGGAAAAAGUCGCUGAGGAUUUCCCGACCCCUGGACUUUCAGCACCUUGUCCACACCUCCUUCGACCCCCAGGUCCAGCGUUUUAUUGGGCUGCCUCCGCAGUGGCAGGGGCUGGUGCCAGACCCCCCCAAGCGGCCUGCCCCACUGGUGGAUCCCUCCUCUAUCACCCCCGUGGAGCUGACUCCGUUAAAGACCAUAGUGAGAGGAAGCACAUAUGGGAUAGACGACUACAUCACAGGGAUCCUGUCUGAUCUCCAGAAGCUCUCCGUCUGCAGCUCCAACUCCCUGAGGAGGAACACCGUCUCCUCAUACCACAAGAAGGACCAGGCAUUGAACAGAAUCCCAAAUCACGUGGCUGGAGACAUGCUGGACAGGAGCAGGAAUUACGCGGGGAAAUGGAGCGUCUACAGAGAAGAAAUGGGAAGCAACAGAGAUCUCAGAGGAUUUGGGGUUUUGAACUCCACUCUGAAAGUGCCCAGCUUUUCCCAGCUUAGGCACAAUGGGAGGGGUGAGCUGUACAGAUCGCAAUCCACCCAGGACCUCGCCAUUCCUUCAAUGGAAUUGAGCAGACAACGGACUAAGUCCAUUCACAACAUAUUCAACCUGUUUUCUGACUAUCACAAGGAAGUUUCUGAGAAAUCCAGGAAUGCUGUGCCCAGGAUCUGGACCACCUCUCGAUCUCCCUCUCCCUGUGUGGUGCACAGGGAGAGAAAAAGCAAGUGGAAUCCUGGGUUACGACCCAUCUCCUGCUUCUUUCUCCAAAGCUCGAGCAGCCCCAAGGAGAGCCCAAGACAGCAAAGGGGCGGCUGCCCAGUACGAGACCAGCCCAGGGGCACACCAGCUGGGAUGCUGCAGGAUCGUCACUGUUUUGGAACUGAGCGAUCUCUCACCCACACUGAAUCCACUCCCCAACGAUCUCUCACCCACUCUCAAACCUCUCCCCAGCAAUUUCUCACCCACCCCCAAACAUCUCCCCAACGAUCUCUCACCCACCCUCAAACCUCUCCCCCACAAUCUGUCACCCACACUGAAGAGUCUCCCCAGCGAGAGCUGUUUCAGGUCAGCGCCAGCCCGAGCCGCAGUGCUGGACUGAGCGCAGGGGGGCGAGUAUCACACGAGCAGUUCAAGGCUGCACUGCAGACGGUGGUGAACCAGGGUGACCCCAGGCGCCGGCUGGAAUCCUUCCACAAGCUGGGCGAGGGUUCCACCGGGAUCGUGUAUAAGGCAACAGAGAAGGAUACGGGACGCAGGGUGGCCGUCAAGAUGAUGGACCUGCGCAGACAGCAGCGGCGGGAACUCCUGUUCAACGAGGUUGUGAUAAUGAAGGAUUACAGGCAUCAAAAUGUGGUGGAGAUGUACAGCAGCUAUCUGGUGGAGGAUGAGCUGUGGGUGGUGAUGGAGCUGCUGCAAGGAGGAUCACUCACCGACAUCAUCUCACACACCAGGAUGAACGAGGAGCAGAUUGCCACGGUGUGCCUGUCAGUGCUGAGGGCCCUGUGCUACCUGCACUCCCAGGGCAUCAUCCACAGAGACAUCAAGAGUGACUCCAUUCUGCUGACCCUGGAUGGCAGGAUUAAACUCUCAGACUUUGGGUUUUGUGCUCAAGUCAGUAAGCGGAUACCGAGACGCCAAUCGUUGGUGGGGACGCCGUAUUGGAUGGCACCAGAGGUCAUUUCUCGCAGACCAUACGGUCCCGAGGUGGAUAUCUGGUCGCUGGGGAUCAUGGUGAUUGAGAUGGUGGAUGGAGAGCCUCCGUACUUCAGCGAAUCCCCGGUGCAGGCAAUGAAGAGGCUCCGAGACGGGCCCCCACCCAAGCUCAAACUGCAGCACCAGGCCUCCCGGAACCUGAGGCAGUUUUUGAAUUGUGCCCUGUUGCGUGACCCCCUGCGGAGAGCCUCGGCCGUGGAGCUGCUGACGCAGCCCUUCCUGGUGCAGGCCGGACCCCCAGACUGCAUCGUGUCGCUCAUCGAGGAAUGGAGGCGACAGCAGUGACUGUGGGGAGCACAGACGCCUGUGAGCCUGACCUCAGCCCUCAGCCUGGCCUGUCAGUCAGAAAGUUGUGAGUUCAAAUCCCACAUCAGGACUUGGUAGUACAUUGUCUAGGCUGAUAGUCCAAUGUUGCUCUGGGAGGGGUGGGAGUUGCACUGUUGGAGAGGCCCGUCAUUCGGCUGAGAUGAUAAACCACCAGGUCUGCCUGUUCAGGUGGACGUUAAAGAUCCCAUGACGCUAUUCGAGAAGCGAAGGGAGUUUCUGUCUCUCAGUGUCCUGGCCUACAGUCCCCCAAAUAAAAUUGAUUGCUCGCUCGAUAGCUGUUUGUGGAACAUUGCUGUGCACAAUUGUGCUGCCAUAUUUUGCCCCAAUAUACAUCCUGUGAAGCGCUUUGCGAUGUCUCAAUGACAUGAUAUGGCGCUAUAUCAAAUACAAGGAUGAUCAUAAGGCUGAGAGAAUGGAGUCUGACAGCGAGUGUGUCAGAAAGCGGCCUCGGCUCCUCAUUGACAGCUCCAUUCCCACCCAGUCACUCGCAUUCCCGACUCAGGACAGAGAGGGGGUGAGGAAUGAUCGCUUUCCCUUUUAGGGUUAGGGUUAGGGGUGGGGCAAGGGAAGAGGCAAAGAUGACAAUUCAAAACUUAAAUGAAUAAAACCAUGUUUCAAAUGUUUUAACUAGGCACCCUGACACAAUUAAAGCAUGGAUUGCUUUGCCCUGGGCCAGUCUGUGGCAAAUACAGUCUGACACACAUCAAUGCCUGCUGUAACCUAGUGGGGGGGCAACAGGCUGUGUGGGAGGGAGGGGCAGGCUAUCGGGAGUGGUGGGCGGAGGAGCAGGAAAAGAUGCUAAUUUUAAUCAUGUUUAUAGUUCCACACUGAAGACUAUCAGUCGGUCGUUUGCAACUGAGAAUGGAAAAUCCAUGUUUACUACAUGCUGCGUGUUGGAAACCAAUCCCCCCUUCCCUGUCCCCCCCAAUAAAACACCUCAAUAAA